GGCCUGGGAAUGAGGGGGUGGAGGGAGCGCAGGUCCCGGGGCUCCGAGCCGCCGCCGCCGCGCGCGGGGGACCUCCCUGCUCCCCUGUCCCCGCUCGCCCUCCGUGCCCCCGGCUCCGUGGACCGGUGUGAAGAGAGGGAGCUUUGGGGGGCGGGGGCGGGGGCGGGGGCGGGGGGCGGAGGCCGACUCCAAAGGAAAUGCGUGUUCGGUUCCUCCACUCCAGUCCCUCCUGGGUCGGGGCACGCGCCGGAGUGCAAAUGCGUGCAGAGCCUCUGGGCUGUGGAGGGAGGAUGUUUGCGAGCCUCCUCCCGCGCUUGCAUCUCUGAUUUUCGGUGCGUUGUAGAUAAGCAUGUGUGCGCGACGGCGUAUUUGCAAAUGAGCGGUGCUUGCCGAGAUAAGUGCAUGUACGGAUGUGUGUCUAAAGCAGGCGCGCGCGCCGCGGCGCGAGUGUGUCGGUGGCUGUGUGUGCGUGUGCGCUCCACUCCCAGCCCUGCUCAUCUUAGUGCCCGGCCCCCUUCGCGCUCCAAGCCCCACCCCCCACCCCUCCGGGCUUCGCUUUUACAAAAGGUCUCCCCAGUCCUAGCCGCCGGGGCGUCCAGAGCGAGCCGGACUGCGGCUGAAGCGGCAGCCCCGGCUCUGCGCCCCGCCCAAUCCCUUUCCCCUGCUGGGGAUCCCCCUCUUCCCCGCCCACCCCUUACCCCCCAUGCAGCCCGGCGCCCUAUGCUAGCCCUCCCCCUCCCCCCCUCCAGGAGCGGGGCGCCGCCGGGGGAGGAGGGGGAAUCGGCUGCGGGUGUCCUCGGUGUUCCUAGCACCCAGCUUCCCUCCAAGCCGGGUCGCGAUGUACGACUGCAUGGAAACGUUUGCCCCGGGUCCGCAACGGCUGUACGGAGCAGCCGGGCCCGGGGUCGGCUUGCUGCGCAGACCCACGGGCAGCCCCUGUUUCGCCGGACUGGAGUCCUUUGCCUGGCCGCAGCCCGCCAGCCUGCAAUCGGUGGAGACACAGAGCACCAGCUCCGAGGAGAUGGUGCCUAGCUCCCCGUCGCCGCCGCCGCCGCCUCGGGUCUACAAGCCCUGCUUUGUGUGCAAUGACAAGUCCUCGGGGUACCACUACGGGGUCAGCUCUUGUGAAGGCUGCAAGGGCUUCUUCCGCCGCAGCAUCCAGAAGAACAUGGUGUACACUUGUCACCGGGACAAGAACUGCAUCAUCAACAAGGUGACCCGCAACCGCUGUCAGUACUGCCGCCUGCAGAAGUGCUUUGAAGUGGGCAUGUCCAAGGAAGCUGUGCGGAAUGAUCGGAACAAGAAGAAGAAAGAGGUGAAGGAGGAGGUGUCCCUGGACAGCUACGAGCUGAGCCCCCAGCUGGAAGAGCUCAUCGCCAAGGUCAGCAAGGCCCACCAGGAGACCUUCCCCUCACUCUGCCAGCUGGGCAAGUACACCACGAACUCCAGUGCAGACCACCGGGUGCAGCUGGACCUGGGGCUGUGGGACAAGUUCAGCGAGCUGGCCACCAAGUGCAUCAUCAAGAUCGUGGAGUUCGCCAAGCGCCUGCCCGGCUUCACGGGGCUCAGCAUCGCCGACCAGAUCACCUUGCUCAAGGCGGCCUGCUUGGACAUCCUGAUGCUGCGGAUCUGCACAAGGUACACCCCUGAGCAGGACACCAUGACCUUCUCGGACGGGCUGACCCUGAACCGGACACAAAUGCACAACGCUGGCUUCGGGCCCCUCACGGACCUUGUCUUUGCCUUUGCGGGGCAGCUCCUGCCGCUGGAGAUGGACGACACCGAGACAGGGCUGCUGAGCGCCAUCUGCCUCAUCUGCGGAGACCGAAUGGACCUGGAGGAACCUGAAAAAGUGGACAAGCUGCAGGAGCCACUGCUGGAAGCCCUGAGGUUAUACGCCCGGCGCCGGCGGCCCAGCCAGCCCUACAUGUUCCCAAGGAUGCUCAUGAAGAUCACUGACCUCCGGGGCAUCAGCACCAAGGGAGCGGAGCGGGCCAUCACGCUGAAGAUGGAGAUUCCCGGCCCCAUGCCGCCGCUGAUCCGGGAGAUGCUGGAGAACCCGGAAAUGUUUGAGGACGAUUCCUCGCAGCCUGGUGCCCACGCCAAGACCGCCAGCGAGGAUGAGGCUCCCCGGGCGCAGGGCCCCGAGGGCUCCAGCCCACAGCCCGGCCAGGGCCCCUGACCGCCCCCUCGGUGGAGGAGGACCCACUCUGCCCUCCCCCCUUCCGACGAGCUCCUUGUUUUUGCCAAAGUCCCCGGGGGGGGGGGGUGCCCGCCUCUGUGCCCGCGCCCCUCCCCCUCUCAGCGGCGCCCUCGCCAGCACUGGGGCCUGCCACGCCCCCACCCCGAGGGAGGGCAGAGGGGUGAGCCUGGGUUCGGACUGGAAAACCUCAGUGCCGCCCCUCAGCCGUGCCAGGGUGCCAGGCUCCCUGGGGCAGGGGGGAGACCCUGCCGUCCGCAGCCCCUUCCUCUGCCUGGUGCUGAGGCCUCGGGGGGCAGAGAGGAACAACACUAGAACCCAGAAGUGGCCGCCGAGGCAGGGCUGAGCCCGCCUGAUGCUGCAUAAUGCACCUGCCCGCACCUGGGCCUUGAUUUCGGGGAGGGGGCAGAGGGAGACAGGGACAGAUGCAGGCCUCACCUGCACCCCCUCUCUGCUUGGGCCGAGCUUCCCCGGCACCCUCCGUUCUAAGCACCCCCAGCCCCGUCCUGUGCCUUGGGCUCCCCCCGCCUCCCAUCUCAGCCAUCGGGGCAGGGGGGCCCUCGAACACUACAGAGGGGCCCGGGAACCCCUCUCCUCCACUAGUGCCUUCCCCGUGACCCCCCGAGCAGCUUGGCCCAGGGAGGGGAGUGGGCGCUGCUUAGCUGAUUCCGCCCUGUCCCAGAGGAAGCCUCUAUUUAUUUAUUAGCUUUUGUUUACACCCCGGAAUCGACCCCUUCCUCCAGGGGUCUUGGGAGGGGGAGCCCAGGGCCCCUGAGACCCCUCCUUUCGCCCUUCCGUGCCCAGUUUGUAUUUAGCUGCCAAAUAAGGUUCCCACUGGCUCCCCUUUUUCUCUGGGGGGUCAGGGUGCUGUCCCCUCCCCUCUGUUUACAUCUCCCCUCCACCCCGCUGUAUUGCGUAUUGCUGAGUUUUCUAUUUUUGCAAAAUAAAGUGAUGGAAACUCUU